AAGUUUGCAGCCAUCAUAGGGCCGGUGUUUACCACCCAGCAGCUGGCUCACAUUGUUCCCAGUAGUAAAAUGCAUGAGAUUAAUUCACUGCUGGACAUGCUGGUGGAGGACAACAUCCUGAAGCGACUGGAGAACAUCGAGAAGCCAGAAGACAAGCGAGGUGCUACCAAGAGGCUGCCCACCUCUGGGCAGUCAGGAAGCGGGGUGGAGAGGUCCUCUGUGAGCAGGGAGACCAUGCAGCGGCAGUCUGAAAUCCUGGCCUUCUGCAACCCACUGCUGUGGGAGGCAACGUAUGAGCUGUGGCCCACGAGGCAGAAGAUAAACAUUCACCGUGAGUGUGCCGCCUUCCUGGAGAGGCACGCACACAAAUGCCAGAGGUGCCACGGAGGGGACUUUGUGGCCUUCCACCGCUUCGGCAUCUCCAGCCCCCAGGAGCAGGGGAGCUGCCAGGGCUCUGCUGAGAAGGACAACUGGAGCAGCUGGGAGGCCUUGGUAGUUGCUGGAGAACACCUGCGGAGGACUAGGACCCUCCCUGCAGAGGGGAUUCUGGCAGAGGGCAAGCAGACAACACUGCAGGCCAAGGACAGUGGCCAGUGGUCCUGCCAGUGUGAAGCCAUCGCCGAAGCGGUGCUUGUGCCCCUGGCUCGCCACUACACGGCAGUGAGCAGUGAUUCCCAAGCCUUCUACUACCUGCUGGAAUCUGCAGCUGCCUACCUGCACGUCUCCAACAGCUCCAUGGUGAGUUACCCUGCUUGCCAGCACGAGCUGCAUUAGCAUGGAGGA